UUUAGUAGUGGAGCUAUGACGUCGUCUCUGGGCUGGACGGGCCAAAGGCCGUCUCGCGACCCCGGGCCCAGCAGGUGCGCGGCGCGCGGAGGUCCGCAGGUCGGAAGCCUAGGACGCAGGACGCCUGCGCGGAAUUCAGGCUGGCCUGCCGGGGAGGGGCCUCCGGCGCGCUGGGCUCCGGAGCUGGCGUCCGCAGGCCGAGGAGACAGUAUGGCCGCCCCCCGCGACGCCGAGAUCUGGAAGGACGUGCAGGUGAGAGCCUUGGGGGCCUCACCUGGAAAGGCCGAGAACUACUAUGGGCAGACGCUGAAGAAAUCUGCGGACCUCCAGACCAAUGCUUGUGUGACCCCCGCCAGGCCUGUGCUCAAGCACGUCGGGGAAGCCCUGCAGAACGUGCACGAGGAAGUAGCCUUGCGGUACUAUGGCUGUGGUCUGGUCUUCCCGGAGUGUCUGGAAAACUGCUGGGUUUUGGAUCUAGGUAGUGGAAGUGGCAGAGACUGCUACGCGCUUAGUCAGCUGGUUGGUGAGAAGGGACACGUCACUGGCAUAGACAUGACCAGAGGCCAGGUGGAAGUGGCUAAAAAGUAUCUUGACUACCACAUGGAAAAAUUUGGUUUCCAAACGCCCAAUGUGACUUUUGUCCAUGGCUACAUUGAGAAGCUGGGAGAAGCUGGAAUCAAGGAUGAGAGUUACGAUAUUGUGAUAUCAAACUGUGUUGUCAACCUCGUGCCUAAUAAGCAGCAGGUGCUGCAGGAGGUGUAUCGAGUGCUGAAGCAUGGCGGGGAGCUGUAUUUCAGUGACGUCUACGCCAGCCUUGAACUGCCAGAAGAAGUGAGGACUCGCGGAGUUUUAUGGGGUGAGUGCCUGGGAGGUGCUUUGUACUGGAAGGAUCUCGCCAACUUUGCCCAAAAAAUUGGGUUCUGCCCUCCACGUUUGGUCACUGCCAAUUUCAUUACAAUUCAAAACAAAGAACUGGAAAGAGUUGUCGGUGACUGUCGUUUCGUGUCUGCAACAUUCCGCCUCUUCAAACUUCCUAAGACAGGACCAGCUGAAAGAUGCCAAGUUAUCUACAGUGGAGGGAUCACAGGACAUGAGAAAGAACUGAUAUUUGAUGCAAAUUUCACGUUUAAGAAAGGUGAACUCCUGGAAGUGGAUGAAGAAACAGCCAAUAUCUUGAAGAAUUCACGAUUUGCUCAAGGUUUUCUGUUCCAACCGAUUGCAGAGAAGCCGCCGGCCUCUGGAGCCUGCCCUGUGUUAGAAGCCAAGGAUAUCAUCACAGAUCCGUUCCAGCUUGCAGGACAGCCUGAUGCUGUGAAGUCCAGCUGUGUCCCUGACGCCGCUGGGGGCUGCUGUGGCAAAAAAAAGAAGUGCUGACCUGGCCGGGCUGGGAGCCCACCAGUGGGCAGAAGGCACGAGAGCCAGGCACAUCUGCGUCCAACCUGCUUUUCCCUGCGGCACAAACAAUAGGAAGGUAUAAGUGACAAAAUAGAGCUAUUCUCUGAAUCACUGGUAAAAAUAGGUGAAUCAUUUUUUGGAAAGUAUUAAUUAAAAUUCACAGAAAAUCA